AUCUCUCUUCACCAAGCCUCUCAAAAGAGUUCAAAUUCUUCUGCUUCGUUUCUCCAUCUUUUGGCAUCAUCAAUGCAGCCUCCUGCUCAUGGGAAGUUGGUCACCAUUCUAAGCAUUGAUGGUGGUGGGAUCAGAGGAAUUAUUCCUGGUAUAAUUCUGGGUUUCCUAGAGACCGAGCUUCAGAAGCUAGAUGGAGAGAACGCAAGAAUAGCAGACUACUUCGACGUCAUCGCAGGAACCAGCACGGGUGGCCUCGUCGCCGCGAUGCUGGCAGCGCCAGAUAAGAAGAACCGCCCUCUAUACGGCGGCAAGGACAUCAAGGCCUUCUAUUUGGAACACAGCCCUAAGAUCUUCCCUCAGCCCAGAUGUCCGAGCAUAAUGGCCAACACUGUGAGGACGAUCAAAGCCAUGGCCGGACCGAAAUACAGAGGGAAGUAUCUACACAAACUUAUUAAGGAGAAAUUGGGAGACACCAGAUUGCACCAAACAUUGACUAAUGUGAUUAUUCCAACAUUUGACAUCAAGGAAUUGCAGCCUACAAUCUUCUCCAGCUUCCAGGUGAAGAAGAAUCCUAGCUUGGAUGCUUUAGUCUCGGACAUAUGCAUCGGAACUUCGGCUGCACCAACUUACCUGCCAGCCUACUAUUUUAGAACUAGGAACCCUAAUGGAUCAGUCAGGGAAUUCAAUCUUAUCGAUGGUGGCGUUGCGGCAAAUAAUCCGGCUUUAGUGGCUGUAAGUGAGGUGACCAAAGAAAUAAGUGAUUCGAACUCGGACUUUGAUGUUCCUGAUAUGAAGCCAACGGACUAUACUAGGUUCCUGGUUCUGUCCCUGGGCACCGGUUCAUCGAAAUCAGAGGAAAAGUACAGCGCCAAGAAAGCAUCGAAAUGGGGUGUGCUCGGCUGGCUCACGAAUGGUGGUUCGACUCCGUUAGUUGAUGUCUAUACUCAAGCAAGUGCAGACAUGGUGGAUAUUCAUCUCUCCACUCUAUUCCAGUCUCUUAAAUGCAAAAAUUAUCUCCGCAUACAGGAUGAUACAUUGACGGGAGAUGUGGCUUCGAUUGACACGGCCACAAGGGAGAACUUGGAGAAUAUAGUGAAGGUUGGAGAGGCAUUGUUGAAGAAACCAGUGUCAAGGGUGAACUUGGACACAGGGGUCUUUGAGCCUUUAAAUCAGGGUACAAAUGAAGCGGCUCUCAAAAGGCUAGCGGAAACGCUGUCCAAGGAGAAGCAGCUCCGCCGAGGAAAAUCGUCGCCUCUGUGAACUAUAUGAUGACGGGUUAUUUAUGCUACAAAUUUACGUUCCUUUUGUACCCAGCAUUGCAAUUUGUUCCAGGAGAUUCGGAUGUACAACAAUGUUAUAUCUGUUCAUUCGUUUGAAGUUAUAGGGACUUACCCUACAAUUCGAUCUUGACGAUAUGGAGAGAUGUCUAGUUUCUUGACCAAUCAAAUAAUAAUCCUUUCAAUGGUUCAAAUUUUUUUUAUCAAUAGCGUGCAUAUGGCAUUGUAACUUUCCUAUUAUAACAACUAGGAGAAAAGAAUGGGACUUCAAAACGCAAUCCUACGUCGUAGUAGUUGGCAGUAAACUUAUGUAUAUCAGUGUAUGCUCUCAUCAGAUGAAAUUGAACCUGCUAUAUAUGCUUGUCAAGAUUAUUUACUUAAUGAUGAU